AUGGCCGACAUUGUUCUCAGUUCGAGUGCUGAAAUUGCAGCUCAAGCCUUAAAUGUUCGCGCAGAAUUAAAAACAUGGGAAAAGGCCUUUGCAUCGGACAAUGGUGGUCGCAAAGCCGGACGCCAUGAUAUUAAACAGAACGCAGAAAUCGCUGCCAAGUACAAGGAAUACGGUCGUCUAAAGGCUCUCGAAGCAUCCCUUAGCAGACGUGAAAAUAGUCGACAGGAGGCAUUGCAAAGUAACUCCAAAAAGCGGAAGCAUGCAUCUCCCCCAGGCCAAGGCGGUGGAUUGUUUCAAACGACACCUCGCAAGGCCUCCAGAGGUCUCUUUGCGACUCCAUCCAAUAAUCGCACCAUUCACCAUCCUGCGGAACUCGAUCCAUAUGACUCGCCAUCGACUCUUCGCAGGCUCUUCAGUCCCAGUACGCACCAGCCAGGACCAUCUCCGUUCAAGGCUGCAAUUGGGCCUACACCUCAGCGCGAUGGAAGAACAUUGGGACUUUUCGACAUGAUAUCUGAAUCCGGUGGGAGUGGUGGAACACCUUCCUCCAGAAGGCAAACGAACAACCUAGCAGCUACCUUCCGGACCCCAUCUAAGCGAAGGCCCGUUGAGACUAUUCCCGAAGUUCCGGAAGAAGAGCCACAGCAGGAAACACCGAGGCUUGCGCGAACCCCUGCAUCCGAGACCAAACAGUUCUAUCUAGCAAAUUUGUUCGCAACACCGACGACAAUGCGCUACGCCGCCAUGGUCGAAGCGGCAGAUAAUGAAGAUGCGCAAAAGACAAGAUCACUAAACCCGGCCCAUGAAAUAUCACCUCAAGAAGCCUUGUCUGGCACACCAUCUUUCCUUCGGCGCUCUAAUUCCGGUCGAUACCCCCCACCCAGUGCCAACCAUGAUGUUGCAGGGCUUAGUCCUAUUGUUUCUCGAAAACCGCAAAGAUUUGCCAGCAAGGGACUAUCGCAUUUGGUACAAGGCCUGCGAGAUAUGGAAGAGGAUCGGAUGGAAGACGACUGGGAUGUGAUGCGCGAGAUGGAGGAAGAGGCAGAGGCAGAGGAAGCUGCGAGGAACCAGGUUGAAGAUGGGCAAGGACCGGAUGUGAAUCGCAAAUACAAGAAGAAGGGCCAAAAACGGACGACGCGAAGAGUGAUUAUGAGGCCCGUUGUCCCUCAGCCGAAGCCCAAAUCCAACCCAGCUCUCGUGAGGAAUGGGGACUUGGGUAGAGAGGAUGAAGUCGUAGCUGUUGCAGAGACGCAACAGCUACCUGCUGCUACGGAUGGCUGGGACGAUGUCCCAAGUGAUAUCGAGCGGGCGGAUGAUGCCGCCUCUCUUCACACCAGGUCGGAGCCUGAACUUGAUACGGAGGCUGAGUUCGAGCCGGACUCGGACGAUGAUCCGGAAUUUGGAGAAAAGUCAAAGCUAGCCGCCAAGCCCAAGAGCUUCUCGGAGAGAAUAAAGGAAGCUGUUUCAUUGUCCGCUGCGAAGCAGAAGGAUCAAGAACCCCUGGGCAAACCUCCGAAGAAGCCUUCUACGACUGAAGCAAAAAAGCCACACGCCCGGAGGAUCAACCCUCAGGCUCAUGCGAACUAUCGGUCCUUAAGCAUCAACAGAGGAGGCUUCUCGCGUGGCAGAGGAGGGCGUUUCCGCCGGAAGUAA